GUGAAGUUCAAGCUGCCGCCGACCAAAGAGUUUGAUAUGCCCUACCCAGAGCCCUUCAAGCUUGCGCCUGGAAUGAAAAAGGUCAUUCCAAUCAGCUUUCGGCCUUCCAAGUACGUUCCGCACGUGGAUAGAGUGCAGAUAGUCACCAAGGGAGGCAGCUUCUUUGUUAUCGUCAAGGCAGUGGUGAAGGACGUGGCUCUGUCCCUCCCACAUUUUUUGGAUUUUGGACUUUGUCCCACCAUGGAGCGUUCACAGCAGCAGAUCGAUGUCUACAACACUGGCACAUUGAAGGCAUCCAUGAAGUGGCAUGCCAGGCCUCCAUUUACAGUUCGAUGUCCGGCCCAAACAGUUGAAGUGGGCCAAUCAGUGCGAUGUGUUGUCGAAUUCGAGCCAAAGACUGCUUCCGUUUUUGAUGGCCUCAUUGCAUGCGAGGUAGCCAGUGCAGCUGCAAACGCCAUUGUUGAUGACGAUGGCGACGACAGCAGUGCAAGGGCUCCGGAGGUGAAGCCAUAUGCAUUGCAGUGCACUGGUGUUGGCAAGAUGCCUCAUUUAUGCGUCCCUGGUGGUCAAAUGCCACUUGUAGAGUUUGGAGCCGUCUCCCCUGGCAAGCGUGUGCCGCAGACCUUGGAGCUGCUCAACACCACUCCGGUCCGAGCUGUCUUCCGAGUGCGUGCCGUGCACGACAGCUCAGAGACGGCACCUUUGCCUCCAGCAGCCUUCUGGGUCAGCCCAGAAUCUGGAGUGGUGGAGCCAAACUGCAGCUUUACAAUGACCUUCUACUUCCAGUCUCACACCGUCAAAGAGCAUGCAUGUCAACGCUUCCAGAUAAGCACACCUGGUGGUACACCACUGGUUGUCACAUGCAAAGCAUUUUGCCAACCGAUUGGUGUAGUGAUGUCCGCGAGGUCAAUGAACUUUGGCGAAGUCCCAAGUGGGCGAGUCUUCUCCCGAACGCUGCAGCUUGAAAAUCACAGCGACCGACCAGCACCAUAUCAUUUUGUCAACAUGGACAACCAGAAAGGUGUGUUCUGGCUGGACCGGCCCAUGGGCAUCAUUCCUCCGGAUUCUUUCAUGGUGGUGACAGUCCUCUUUGGACCGAUGUCUCCAAUCAACUACCACAAAAAGGUUUCUUGUGUCAUCAAGGGUGCUUCAGCACCAUUGACCCUGGAUUUGCUGGGGUCUGCACAUAAUGAUAAGGUGCGGCCAGCCAGGUUGGAGCAGCAUCACAUCGACAUCUUCCGGAACAUGCAGCUCUCAGGGGUGCGGGAGCACCAGAUCGUGGAAAGCACUCCAGAGGGAACCUCCCUGGACGAUGAGCUUCCACAAGAAGAGCUGGACCCACAAGUUCCAGAGGUGCCGGUGAAACAGCUCUCGGCCACAGCUUCCUUUCUGGAACUGAUGUUACCAACAGACUCGAAGCUGAGGGAUAUCACCAUCAGCCCGGGAAAUAUGGAUUUUGGUCAAAAUUCCGUACUGUCCACCUCUGAGAAGCAGACGGUGACCAUCACCAAUCGCACUUCUCAAAAGGUGACGGUGAUCUGGAUGAUGGCAGGGGAGACGCGGAUUCCCUGCGUCCCCGAUGAGAAGUCCCUCUUCUCGGUCUACCCACCAACGUGUGACAUCAGGCCAAAGGGACAGAUGGAUUUUCAGGUGACUUUCAGACCUCAAAAUGCUGGCACCGUGGAAGGAGAAUUGCUGGAAGUGGUUGUGGCGCAAAAGAUCAACAGAACCUUUAGACUGGUGGAUUUGCAGAGGUUCACGCCGCCAUGGACAAUCACGUUGAGAGGGAUGGGUCACACCAUGGCUGCAAGAACAGACACGCAAGUGGACAUUUCAGAGACCAAUGUGAGAUUCAGAUCAUGUCCUCCGGGUGAAAGAACGUAUCAGGUGGUGAUGAUGACCAAUCCUGGUGACAUGCCCUUGAGCUACCAGAUCCUUCCGGCCGUGGAUGCCGCCAAAGUUGAAGAUGGGGGAAGCUUGGACUUGGGCGAUGAGGCACCCUUCCGUGCUUGGCCCACACAGGGCAUUAUUCUCCCGCACCAGUUCCACCUCAUCGUUUUGGAGUUUGCGCCAACAGUGGCCAGAAAUGAUGUGCCCUACGUGGCCAACUUCCAAGUGGUGGCUGACUAUUUUGACAGCCAACCGAAGAUGAUCCGUGUUUCUGGCCGCGCAUGGCGUCCGCAGCUGUCCUUCUGCAAUGGACAGCUCAACGUGACGUUUCCUCCAACGUGCUCUGGCAUUGCUUCAACUAUGGUUUGCGCCGUGAAGAACGUGUCAGAGAUUCCCAUCUCGUACGAAUGUCGAAUUCCGACACGCUUCCGCUCUACCUUCUGGUGUGUCCCUGAGUCUUUUGGAGAUGUCUGA